UACCAAUCCAAGUGGCUUUCGCCGCUCCGUUCAGAGUGAGUAAGCAGUCACAUACAAAACUACAUAAAAGCAGAGGUAACUACGGAAAAGGAGGAUCGUAGCGGAACUCAGAUGCGAUAGCUCGCGAUCAUCCACGUAUAAAUUUUGCUUUGAAAGUUAAACACUCUCCAAAUCGACAUUUAACCCCGUACACAAGGAUGGUCAAGCCAUUCAAGGCACCUCGUUCUGCGACAGUCAGUGGUGGCCGAGGCGGUAGUGUCAGCUCCAGGGAAUCCGACCAGGUCUAUUGCGUACUGCUCCACGUGGUUGAGGCCAUAAACUUCAUUGGCCGCGAUGCCACUGACCGGGAGCAGAUAGCGAUGAACGCCGCCCUGAACGGUGUGGACUUUGAGGUGGAGGGCACUCAGUCGGACGAGACCGUCAUCUUCAACAGCAACUGCAUCUGGGAGUGCGACCUGGCUGGGAUCAAGCGCAUUAAAACCGAUCACCGUCCCGUCAAAAUGACCUUCUAUGCUUGCCGUGGCGGCGGAGCGGAGCGGAAAACCAUUGGAACGCUGCUCCUGCCUGUCCGAGGACUGCCGGUGCUCGGCACGGUGGGCAGCCAGAAUAGUCCGCACUUGAAGAUGUUCUGGCACAAGCUCAUCUGCCUCAGCAGUGAGUUCCGCUCCCACAAGCCGGAGGUUCUGCUGCUGCUGGCCAUUAUUAAGAAGUCCAUCCUCCACACCAAGGACUUCGAGCACUUUAUGCAGUUCACCGAAGUCAAAUCGCCACCCACGCCGCCGAUGCAGUCGCCCGGACACUCGAUAACUGCCAGCAUGCUCCAGUCGCAGGCCAACGUCUAUGUGCAGUCGUUGGUGCAACUGGGCCUGCUGCAGGUGGGCAAUGACCCGCUGGUCGACUGCGACAUCAUCGAGGUGGUGCUGCAGUUGAAGCAGCUGAGGAACGUGGCCGGGCUGGUGAAGUCGCUUAACCAGGGCAAGCCACCCAGCUCUGUGAUCCUGGUGUUCGACUUCGUGGGCAAUGUAACCAACAUCGAGCUGAAGUUAAACGAGUCCGACACCUAUACUCUCAACGAUGUCCUGGGACUGCGUUUCAAGACAUCCUUGCGCAGCAUGAGGCUCUACUUUCAGCGCAUCUUCUACUUGCCCAUUAACAUGUACAUGAAUGGCGCGGCCAUAGCUCAUUACCGCAUGGACUUCACUAAUCUACUGCCUCCGGACGACUUCUUCUCCGACAACCGGAAGUACACCGCCAACGGCUCCUUUUCCUUUAACAGAUUCGGCCGCACCGAUAGCGGCAGGGAACCCAAGCCGCCACUUAUGGAGUACACUUUUAGUGUGGACCUCAAGACGAUAUUUUCACGGCAGGAGCAGGAGGAGGAGCAGCCUGAACCAACACCUUCGAUUGCCAGUGGCGUCAUCCGCGAUGUGCCAAAGGGUCGCAAGGACCCCGAAGUAACCUUGCGGUCGCAAAACAACGUGUCCUCGGAGAGCCUGAAUGUGGGUGCCGAGCUGUCAGCCUCGGAAGGAUCCUAUCGAUCUCUACCUCGCGAAGAUGUGUCCGACUCGGAUGGUCCCAAGGACUUGCGAAAGGCUCAGAAUAGGAGGAAGAAAUUCACCCGAUUGAGUGAAGAGAUUAACUUGGAUAGCGAGGAUGAGCAGUAUUUGGGAAAGACGUUUUCCGCUUCAGUUGUUCGCACGGCUUUGAAUUUGGAUGACAGUGAAGAGACAAUGGAACCUGGAUCUGACGCAGUGAAACAAGAUUCAGAAACGGAAGAAGUCGAAAUGAAAUCAACUACAAAAUCGAAACACAAUACAUCUUUACCAAGCAAGUCCAAAAAAUCGCUCCAGGAAUCUUGCCAUGUAAAAACUAGAUCUUUGAGAAACACCAGAAACUCUUCGGAGAACCUCGAGAAUGUUGAUGACCUCAAGUCUUUGGACUUGUUGGAGCUGGAGGAGAAAAGGCAAGCGAAGAUAGAUGAGUUGCAAAGAUUAAAGGCAGGUCUAAGUGAAUCCUUAGUGCAAUCGGAACCUAAAGUAAGAAAACCCAAAAGGGCAGACCUUGAGUUGCAGGGAAAUGAAAGUCAACUGGAAACAACUAUUGAGGACCUACCAAAACCUUCAAGAAAAUCCAAGCCGGCUUCCAGCUCUGAACUAAUCAAGAAAAACCCCAUAUUAACUGAGCAAAUGGAACUAGAAACGCACAACUACGAAGGAAACGGUGAGGAUUUAAGUUACGAGCAUGCUGUUCCUAAGAAACAGAGCUCCUCCAAAAAAACGAGAGCUCCCAAAACUGUGAAGCCACCAGCGCACAUGGACACUGAUUUAGAAACAGACAUAAGUGUUCUUAGUAUCCGAAAGAAAAGCAAAACCAAAUCCAAACUAGUAAUUUCCGAUGAACUGCAGGAUUCAUCCACCAGUGCUCUGGAAAAAAGGAGAUCUAAAACCUCUACGGGCGAUAUAAACCUUCGGGCCCGUUGGGUGGAGGUUAAUAAGGUGCAGACUCAAGCCUUGGUGGAAACGGAAAAGUUUCUUCAGGAGACUUGCCGUGCCGAGCUCGACGAGGUCCUCUACGAGGAUCAGAUGGCGCUCGGUCAGGCCAAAGCUGCCAAGCCGAAAAAGAAACUUGGAAAAUCCGAAGAGGACAAGGUCAAGAGAAUCGAUCUUGAAAGCUCUUAUGAGGAGGAUAUCAAUCUCGGUCAGCCUGAAACGGAUCCUGUGACAUUGAUAAGUGAAAAUCCCAUGGAUCUGAACGAUUUGGCGAGCUCUGAAGAGUAUAUCUCUCUGUCGGAAGGCCAUCCAGGAUCAGCUGAAUUUGUUUACACAGAAACAGAACAGCGGGUGACUGUUGUUCAUCCCAAACGGGAUUGUGAUAGGCAAAAACUGAGAGCGUUGGCAAAGGAAGACCUUCUGGUUGAGGUCAGGAACUCCGAAGAAUAUAUUUCUGUGUCUGGUUCUAAACCAGAUUCUGUUAGGAAAAAGAAAAGAGUUCCGAUACACGAGGAUCAGCAAAACCUUGCGGAGCUUACACCCGUCGAGGAAUGCUCUUCGCAGUCGGAAUCCCGAGGGACCGGGAAAGCAAGUCCUAUGACCGAAAAGCCUCAAGCAGAUCGUGUAAAAAAAAGAAGUGGCCUACGACAGGAGAGCCAAAAAAGUAUCUCCAAGGUGGAGGAUAAAGUAAAAUGCAUAGAGCUUAUAGAUGGAGAAAUUGAGCUGACGGAUGUUCAAGUCCUGAAAAAGAAGAAGCUUAAGAAGACUUUGGUUACGGAUAAUGCUGUGGCUGUAGACUACGAAACUGUAGAGGAGAAAACAGUAAAGCCUGUCAAAAAGAAAAUAAUCAAGAAAAAAUCAAUUAUACUGGAUAGCACAGAACACACCGAAAAUAGAAUACCAACCGAUGAAGUGGUUUCCUUGCAGGCUAAAAAAAUUGUGAAGAAAAAGUCCAAGUCUGCGUGUGACAAUCCAUCAGUUGAGAUACAGCCUUUAAGUCCAAUUGACUCAAUAGGACAGAAAAUCAAGUCCUGGCGCAGGCAACAAAUAGACCUCUUUGAGCAGGAAUUGGCACGCAAAGAGAUGCACUACGUAAAACAAUUGGAGGAGAUGGAAAGCCAGGAGGCCAGAUUACAUCAACUACACAAGGGAGAGGCGUUUCUGGAUGAGAGCCUUGUAAGCAAAAGAACUAAUGCAUCCGGCGUUGACUAUGAGGCGAAGUUCACAGAGCUUGAGGAGCACAUAGCCCUACUGAAGUCGGAGAUGGAGGAGCAGGUUAGGCUCUUCGAGGAUCGGAGUAAAGAGUUGCGGCAGGAGAACCUUCAGUUGUACACCGAAAAAACUGAACUAAAGUUGCGCAUCGCGGCCUUGGAACAGCAGAUUGGGAACCUCAAGGCGCAGGGCUCCGACGAAGGAGAACUGAAGCAAGUUCUCGGCGAACUAAGAUCGCAGCACUAUCGGUAUAAUACUCUGGCACGCCAAAAGGAUCUCUAUAGAAAGCGGUGGCGCAGAUCUGCCAAGCGGGUGCACUCCCUGAAACUGGCCAUGUACGAAAGGAGCUUGGAGAGGGCGCAUAGCAAUAUUAAUGUCGAGCCCAUUGACCUGCGCAAGAUCCUGACCAAGGAUGCUGUGGAAUUCGAGCAAGAGUACGGACAGUUUCGCCAGAGAUAUCAGCUUAACUCGCUGUCUGGGUCGGGUGACUUUUCGCCUCCAAACAGAAAGCGAAUGGCGGCCAAUGUGAUUUAAGGAUGCGAUCCAUUUGAUUUUACCAAAUUAUCGGUGUGAACUUUGUUUUAGUUUUUUAACUUAUUGAGUUUGUUCGCUUUUUUUAAUAUACGCGCUAAAGGAUCA